ACAUCUGUGACCCAGAAUGAAUGGGAAAACAAAUCAGGUUCAUUGCCCUCUACAUCAUAUGGAGAUUCCUUUCCAGAAGACUGUACAUUUCUAUCUACAAAAAAUAAGGAAGUUCCUCCUUUGGAAAAUAAAGUUGCAUACAUCAGAGAAAAGAAAUCAUCUUUGAAUCUAUCUUACCGAAGUCAUGACUGCUCUCGAACUUGUCUGAUGAAAAUACCACUUACCUUCAAGGGAGAAAACCCUCUGCAGCUACCAAUCAAAUGCCACUUCCAAAGACGACAUGCAAAGACAAACUCUCAUUCCUCAGCACUCCAUGUGAGUUAUAAAACCCCUUGUGGAAGGAGUCUACGAAAUGUGGAAGAAGUUUUCCGUUACCUGCUUGAGACAGAGUGUAACUUUUUAUUUACAGAUAACUUUUCUUUCAAUACCUAUGUUCAGUUGACUCGGAAUUACCCAAAACAAGAAGAAAUUGUUUCUGAUGUGGAUAUUAGCAAUGGAGUGGAAUCGGUACCCAUUUCUUUCUGUAAUGAAAUUGACAAUAGAAAGCUUCCACAGUUUAAGUACAGAAGGACUAUGUGGCCACGAGCAUAUUAUCUAAACAGCUUUACCAACAUGUUUACUGAUUCGUGUGACUGUUCUGAGGGCUGCAUAGACAUAACAAAAUGUGCAUGUCUUCAGCUGACAGCGAGGAAUGCCAAGACUUGCCCCUUGUCAAGUAAUAAAAUAACCACUGGAUAUAAAUAUAAAAGACUACAGAGACAAAUACCUACUGGCAUUUAUGAAUGCAGCCUGUUGUGCAAGUGUAAUCGACGAAUGUGUCAAAACCGAGUUGUCCAGCAUGGACCUCAAGUGAGGCUACAGGUCUUCAAAACUGAGAAGAAGGGAUGGGGAGUACGCUGCCUAGAUGACAUUGACAGAGGGACAUUUGUUUGCAUUUAUUCAGGAAGAUUACUAAGCAGAUCUAACACUGAGAAACCUGAUGCUAUUGAUGAAAAUGGAAAAGAAGAGAAUAUUAUGAAAAAUAUGUUUUCGAAAAAGAGGAAAAUAGAAGUUGCAGAUUGUGAGGUUGAAGUUAUCCCAUUAGAACUGGAAACACAUAGAAGUGCUGAGACUGAGGAGUGUCCCCCUACGUUCAAUAAUAAUUUAAAAGAGCCUGUUAUAGAAAUGAAAUGUAACAAUAUUUCAAGAAUUCAGUAUCAUUCAGUCAUUAGAAGUCCUAAAGUGAAGACAGCCAUUAUUCAACGCAAUGGGAAAAGGAUGGGAUUUGCUUCCUCAGAGUCUGUCACCUCAGAAGAUAAUGAUGGAUUUAAACCAGCCCAAGUGCAUCUGAACUCCAAAGCCGAGGAAAUGAAAAAGGAUUCAAGCUCCUACCAAGUUAAAGACUCUGAAGACAAUCUGCAGAUUGAAUCAGAUGUGAUAGAUAUAACUAAAUGUAGAGAAGAAACUCCAUCAGGGGGCAGAUGUAACCAAGCAGCCACAUUGGAUAAACAGAGUAUUACAAAGGAGUUCAAGGCUCAAAUGCAAAAGCCCCAAGAGGAAAGAUCUCCAGCAUAUCAAAACCAUCAAGUCUUUUGUGAAAAAGAGUUCCCAAGUGAAACCAAGAAUAUUUCACCUGAUUCUCUAAAGAAGUUUAAUAAAGGGAACGUGUUUUUAUUGGAUGCCACAAAAGAAGGGAAUGUGGGCCGCUUCCUUAAUCAUAGUUGUUGCCCAAAUCUUUUGGUACAGAAUGUUUUUGUAGAAACACGUGACAGGAAUUUUCCACUGGUGGCGUUCUUCACCAACAGGUAUGUGAAAGCAAGAACAGAACUAACAUGGGAUUAUGGGUAUGAAGCUGGGACUAUGCCUGAGAAAGAAAUCCUCUGCCAAUGUGGGGUUAAUAAGUGUAGGAAGAAAAUAUUAUAAAUCUUUAGUUAAUGCCUAUUGAUGAGAUUAGCUUAUCGCGCUGCAAUUAGAGCCAUGCAGGAGAACCUUCAGUCAUCAGUGGAAUUAACCUGGGCUGUGAUCCAUCAAGAGAAUUCUUCUCAGUUUACCCUUGUCAGGGAAUUCGUUUGUAUGACUUAGAAAUGCUAGGAACAAAAUAAGGACAUUUUCAUAUGCAUAGGCUAUCUCUUUAUUCUUUCUGCUAUUCAACUUUACACAAGUGGGAUGAAGUGUAUAUUUUAUAUGAAAUACCAUUAUACAGUUUGUAACUUAUUUGUAAAUUAUAUAUUAAGAGAAACAAAUGUUACAAUAGAA